GCAAUCCUAGAUCUCAUUCCCAGCUUCGAUUUCGGCAACAGCGGCAGAACUGUUUACCACAAUAUAAACACAGCCGUCAUUUUAGAAACUGUUAGCACCAAUAGCAAGGAAGGUGGCUCAGUUGUGUGCAGCCUAGACAAUGUCCGAAGUUUCUGGCUCUAUAUCAGAGGAAGAACGAAGUUUGUUCCGUCCGUUCACGCGGGAAUCCCUAGCAGAAAUAGAAGCUCGCAUUGCCGAGGAGCUUGCCAAACAGAAGGAGCUUGAGAAAAAGAGAGCUGAAGGCGAGGGAAGUAUAUAUGGACGGAAGAAAAAGAAAAAAGAAGUUCGAUAUGACGAUGAAGACGAGGAUGAGGGUCCUCAACCUGAUCCAAUGUUUGAGCAAGGAGCGCCCCUUCCGGUCCGAAUGCACAACGAUUUCCCCCCUGAGCUGUCCUCCACACCUCUUGAAGAUAUUGAUAGUUUUUACUUCAAUAAAAGGACGUUUGUGGUCGUCAGUAAAGGAAAGGACAUAUUCAGGUUCUCCGCGACCGACGCGUUGUGGAUCCUCGAUCCAUUUAAUCCAAUACGACGUGUGGCCAUCUACAUCUUGGUCCACCCACUCUUUUCUCUAUUCAUUAUCACCACAAUUUUGGUUAACUGCAUACUCAUGAUCAUGCCCACAACGCCCACCAUCGAAUCCACCGAAGUCAUAUUUACGGGCAUCUACACAUUUGAGUCCGCCGUUAAGGUGAUGGCGAGGGGUUUCAUUCUGCAGCCUUUUACCUAUCUUAGAGAUGCAUGGAAUUGGCUCGACUUCGUAGUUAUAGCUUUAGCUUAUGUGACGAUGGGAAUAGAUCUAGGCAACCUUGCCGCUCUCAGGACAUUUCGAGUCCUCCGAGCCUUGAAGACUGUCGCUAUUGUACCAGGUCUUAAAACCAUUGUCGGCGCUGUGAUAGAGUCCGUUAAAAAUCUACGCGAUGUGAUAAUCCUAACAAUGUUCUCCCUCUCCGUCUUUGCACUUAUGGGUCUUCAGAUUUAUAUGGGGGUGCUUACGCAAAAAUGUAUAAAAAAUUUUCCGAAUGACGGCUCGUGGGGUAACUUAACGAGCGAGAACUGGGACAGUUUUUGUAAAAAUAAAACUAAUUGGUACGUGGACGAUGCUGGGGCCAUGCCAUUGUGUGGAAAUUCGUCAGGAGCAGGAACGUGUCCUCCUGGAUAUAUUUGUUUACAAGGGUACGGAGGAAACCCUAAUUAUGGUUACACAAGCUUCGAUACGUUUGGUUGGGCGCUUCUUUCUGCGUUUCGUCUCAUGACCCAGGAUUAUUGGGAAAACCUUUAUCAGCUGGUGCUGAGAUCGGCGGGGCCAUGGCAUAUGUUAUUUUUCAUCGUUAUAAUAUUCUUGGGAUCAUUUUACCUCGUGAACUUGAUCCUCGCUAUUGUCGCGAUGUCUUAUGACGAACUGCAAAAGAAAGCAGAGGAGGAAGAAGCGGCUGAAGAAGAAGCUAUAAGGGAAGCGGAAGAAGCUGCCUUGGCGAAAGAAAACAAAAUUGCAGCGCAUGCUGCUGCGCGGGAAGCAGCAGCACAGGCUGCAGCCGAUCGGAUCGUCAAGUCACCUUCAGAUUUUUCCUGCCACAGCUACGAGCUUUUCGUGGGCCAAGAAAAGGGAAACGAUGACAACAACAAGGAACGAAUGAGCAUAAGAUCCGUAGAAUCCGUGAGUGAACACAGGGUCAAGAUAGCUAACAACAAUCACACCACCACUACCACCACCAAAGUUCGAAAAGUUAGUGCCACGAGCCUUAGUCUGCCUGGCUCACCCUUCAACAUCAGGAGAGGAAGUCGUGGUAGUCAUCAGUUCACAAUUCGCAAUGGACGCCGUUUCGUUGGACCAGCGGGUGGUGACCGGAAGCCUCUGGUUCUUUCGACUUAUCUGGACGCUCAGGAGCAUCUACCCUAUGCUGAUGACUCAAAUGCUGUCACCCCCAUGUCCGAAGAAAAUGGAACUAUUGUCGUUCCAACUUAUUAUGCAAACUUGGGCUCGCGUCACUCGUCUUACACCUCACACGCGUCCAGACUGUCCUACACUUCGCACGGUGAUCUCCUUGGUGGCAUUGGAAUUAUUGGUAAACCAAUGACGAAGGAGAGCAAACUUAGAAGUAGAUCUGCUAGGCAAGCGUCCAUCAAUAGCCACACAACAGAAAAUACUCAAAAACGCCAUUAUCAUAGUACGGAUGGGGAAACGGAAGACUCGCUGGUCAAGUUGAAACAAGACAAUCCAUUUAUCGAAUCCUCAGGGCAGCAAGCGGUAGUCGAUAUGAAAGAUGCAAUGGUGCUAAAUGAUAUAAUCGAACAAGCUGCUGGUCGGCAAAGUCGGGCAUCGGAACAAGCAGUUUCGAUAUAUUACUUCCCCACAGAAGAAGAGGAAGAAGGACUUACAUUUAAGGAAAAAGGUCUGGAGUUCUUUCUACGUUGCAUCGAUAUUUUUUGCAUUUGGGACUGCUGUCCACUUUGGGUCAAGUUCCAAGACUUUAUUGCCCUCCUAGUCUUCGACCCGUUCGUCGAGCUUUUCAUCACACUUUGCAUCGUAGUCAACACACUCUUCAUGGCUUUGGACCAUCACGACAUGGACAAGGAAAUGGAGAGAGUACUCAAAUCGGGAAAUUACUUCUUCACGGCAACUUUCGGUAUCGAAGCAACAAUGAAGUUGAUAGCUAUGAGUCCAAAGUUUUACUUUCAAGAGGGCUGGAACAUUUUCGAUUUCAUCAUAGUGGCCUUGUCACUCUUAGAACUUGGUCUAGAGGGCGUCCAAGGACUGUCGGUCUUGCGGUCUUUUAGAUUGUUGAGAGUAUUUAAAUUAGCAAAAUCGUGGCCGACCUUGAACUUGUUGAUCUCCAUCAUGGGUAGAACGGUAGGCGCUUUGGGUAACUUGACCUUCGUCUUGUGCAUCAUCAUCUUCAUCUUCGCCGUGAUGGGUAUGCAACUCUUCGGCAAGAACUACACGGACCAAGUUCAUCUUUUUCAAGAUGGCGAACUACCCAGGUGGAAUUUCACGGAUUUUAUGCAUUCUUUCAUGAUUGUCUUUCGAGUUUUGUGCGGAGAGUGGAUCGAGUCGAUGUGGGACUGCAUGUUGGUGGGAGAUGUUUCCUGCAUUCCCUUCUUCUUAGCCACAGUCGUCAUCGGAAAUUUAGUCGUGCUGAACCUUUUCUUGGCUUUGCUCUUGAGCAACUUUGGUUCAUCAAACUUAUCAGCACCAACGGCGGACAACGACACGAACAAAAUCGCCGAGGCUAUCGACCGGAUAGCACGAUUCAUAAACUGGGUCAAGCUCAAUAUGCUUAAUCUGGCUAAGAUGAUGCGAGCCAAACUCACCAACCAGAUUUCCGAUCAGGCGCCAGAAGGCUUGGAUCGGGAUGGGAAUUUGGAUCUGACUGAUGGCGAUUUGGAUGUUUUUCGAGACAAAAAGAGCGUCAAAGAACUUAACAAUCAAUUCGAAGUGGCCAUUGGUGAUGGAAUGGAGUUCACCAUUCAUGGAGACUUGAAAAACAAAAUGAAGAAGGGAAGUCUGUGUAUGAACAACACGAAGGGUCUCGUUAAUUCGAUAAAUCAUCGGGACUUUAGACUCGACCACGAGUACAUCAAUCACAAUGAAGACGAUACCAUCAGUAACAAAUCCUAUGGAAGUCACAAAAACAGAUCCUUUAAGGACGAAAGUCACAAAGGAAGUUUGGAUUCACUGGACGGUGAAGAGAAAAAGGACGCGAGCAAAGAAGACCUUGAAGAACAAGAACUAGAUGAAGAGGGAGAUGAUGAGGAAGGGGAAGAAAUACCACCAAGAAUAAUAGUCGCAGAUGAAGACAUAAUUGACGAUUAUCCAUCCGACUGUCUUCCUGAAAAUUGCUACAAAAGGUUUCCGUUUUUGGCUGGAGAUGAUGACGCGCCAUUCUGGCAGGGUUGGGCCAAUUUGAGACUAAAAACAUUCCAGUUGAUCGAAAACAAAUACUUUGAAACUGCCGUUAUCACAAUGAUUCUGCUAAGUAGUUUGGCUCUGGCUUUGGAGGACGUUCACCUGCAACAGAGGCCCAUUCUCCAGGACAUUCUCUACUACAUGGAUCGGAUAUUCACAGUGAUAUUCUUCUUAGAAAUGUUGAUCAAAUGGCUGGCUCUCGGCUUCCAAAAGUACUUCACUAACGCUUGGUGUUGGCUGGAUUUCAUUAUCGUCAUGCUUUCGCUGAUCAACUUGGGAGCCAUUUGGGCCGGAGCUGCUGACAUCCCCGCUUUCCGUUCAAUGAGAACACUGAGGGCCUUGAGGCCCUUACGAGCAGUUUCUCGCUGGGAGGGCAUGAGAGUCGUCGUCAAUGCAUUGGUCCAAGCUAUUCCAUCUAUCUUUAACGUAUUGUUGGUCUGCCUUAUAUUCUGGCUAAUCUUCGCUAUUAUGGGGGUUCAACUCUUUGCUGGGAAAUAUUAUAAAUGUGUGGAUGCGAAUAAGACAACCUUGAGUCAUGAAAUCAUCCCAGACAGAAAUGCUUGCAUAGCCGAAAAUUAUACUUGGGAAAACUCGCCCAUGAAUUUUGAUCAUGUGGGCAAAGCCUACUUGUGCCUAUUUCAAGUAGCCACCUUCAAAGGAUGGAUUCAAAUCAUGAACGAUGCAAUUGACUCGAGGGAGGUUGGCAAGCAACCAAUUCGUGAGACAAACAUCUACAUGUACCUCUACUUUGUAUUUUUCAUCAUCUUCGGAUCGUUUUUUACGCUCAAUCUGUUUAUCGGAGUCAUCAUCGACAACUUUAACGAGCAGAAAAAGAAAGCCGGUGGUUCCCUCGAGAUGUUCAUGACAGAGGACCAGAAAAAGUACUACAACGCCAUGAAGAAAAUGGGAAGUAAAAAGCCCUUGAAGGCCAUUCCGCGACCUAGGUGGAGGCCGCAGGCGAUAGUGUUUGAAAUAGUGACGGAUAAAAAGUUCGAUAUGAUAAUUAUGUUGUUCAUCGGAUUCAACAUGUUGACAAUGACAAUGGACCAUUACCAACAAUCUGCCACCUUCAGCAACGUGUUGGACUACCUGAAUAUGAUAUUCAUUGUGAUAUUCACCAGCGAGUGUCUGAUGAAGAUCUUCGCCCUGCGCUACCAUUACUUCAAGGAGCCGUGGAACCUCUUUGAUUUUGUUGUUGUUAUAUUAUCAAUAUUAGGGUUGGUACUGAGCGACAUCAUUGAGAAAUAUUUUGUAUCGCCAACCUUGCUUCGAGUUGUGAGGGUAGCCAAAGUGGGUCGAGUUCUGCGUCUCGUGAAAGGUGCGAAGGGAAUUCGUACCCUGCUUUUCGCGUUGGCCAUGUCGUUACCGGCCCUCUUUAACAUUUGCUUAUUGCUGUUCCUGGUGAUGUUCAUCUUUGCUAUAUUCGGAAUGUCCUUCUUCAUGCACGUCAAGGACAAGAGUGGUCUAGAUGACGUUUACAACUUCAAGACAUUCGGGCAGUCGAUGAUACUGCUCUUUCAGAUGUCAACAUCCGCUGGCUGGGAUGGCGUUCUGGACGGCAUUAUCAACGAGGAAGAUUGUCAAGAGCCGAACAACGAGAUCGGUUACCCUGGCAACUGUGGCUCUUCCACAAUUGGCAUCGCCUAUCUGCUCUCAUACCUGGUCAUCAGUUUCCUGAUUGUCAUAAACAUGUACAUCGCCGUCAUCUUGGAGAACUACUCGCAGGCGACCGAGGACGUCCAGGAGGGUCUGACUGAUGAUGACUACGACAUGUACUACGAGAUAUGGCAGCAGUUCGACCCUGACGGCACCCAAUACAUAAGAUACGACCAGCUCUCCGAAUUCCUAGACGUACUCGAACCCCCUCUGCAGAUUCACAAACCCAACAAGUACAAGAUUGUAUCGAUGGAUAUCCCCAUAUGUAAGGGCGACCUUAUGUUUUGCGUCGAUAUCCUCGAUGCUCUCACGAAAGACUUCUUCGCUAGGAAGGGCAAUCCUAUCGAAGAAACAGGGGAGCUGGCUGAAGUUCAAACCAGGCCUGGCGAAGUCGGUUAUGAACCUGUAUCUUCUACCUUGUGGCGACAACGAGAGGAGUACUGUGCACGUCUUAUCCAGAAUGCCUGGAGGAAGCAUAAGCAACAACGACUCGGCGGCCCCAGCGAGGAGAGCGACGAUCCCGACAUGGACCCAAGAGUCAGACAAACGGCAGUGCUUGUCGAGAGCGACGGCUUCGUCACCAAAAAUGGCCACCGGGUCGUCAUUCACAGCCGCUCGCCGAGCGUCACUUCUCGUACUGCGGAUGUCUGAUCCUCGUCGCGCCCUCCUCCCAGAUAAAGGAAACAAUUCGCACGUGCGUUUACUACUUAACAGCCUUAUAGUUGUAUAAUAAAUUCCUCCAACGAGUUGCCUUUUUAUCGACUUCACGAGUGUGUCGUUAGGAGCCGACAGAGUCCGAGGAUACACGAAACAUAGGCGAUUCGCCGGAACGAAGUGUACGGGUUUUUACUAACCGACCGAAUUUAUUCUUACUGAUCAUCCAGCAGCCCCCUCUUUCUCUUCGUUAAUUGCAGCUGCUUAGAACGACCGAUCGAGAUUGAAUUGAUUCUGCAAUCGACAAGGUGUCUGUUUCAAAACCUAACCUAAGGGUUCCAUGUCCUUCCCCAAUCUCCAUGGGAUCUUCUAGUUUAGGAGAAGCUGAAUUAUUUUCCUUCAUCUUCCAGGCCUGUCACUACUGCAAGAAAGAGAAAUAUACAUAUCUUCCCCGGCCAUUUUUCACAAUAAAUCAAAAUUCUUCUAGAAUUAGGAGAAAAUGAGAACUGUUCGAAUCUUCCCCUUUCGCAGUUCCUCCUCUUUUCCUUCAAGUUCAGCAGUGCGGAAGAUAACUUCCCUAAAUCCCAACUUUGAUAAAAUCCCGCACUUCUGAUUAACUCAUUCUUUCCUAAUUUCAAAUUCUAAAUUUCCGUUAGACACCUUGUCUUACCGGUGAGCCUAGGAUCGACUACCUUCAAGACAAAGUUUUUUCCUUCCCCCAAGCGUUCAAAAUGACUCGAAAUCAACUUUCUGUUGAUUGUAAUCGAUUCCAGAGACUUCCAGCGAAUAAUGAUCGAAUGAACGAUCAGAAAUUCAGCAGAUCCUUCACAUCCGAUCGACCGACCUUUCGAAAAAAUUUUCUUUCCUUUUUGAUAAUCGGUCGAUAAAAUAAGUCUGACCUGAUCCCGGGAAUUUGUCGGUGCAAGCGAAUCAUACCUCACCUGGUGCAGGGUCAUAUAACGCGAAAUGAUUCUUACGUGUAAAUACACCAAAUGAAAUUCGAUUUGCAUACUCGCUUUCUACGAAUCGCACUCUUCUAGUUCUUGUAAUUUUUAUCGGAGAGCGUAAUUCCACGUGCGUGCCUGUUUUCGAGAGUAAAAGUGUACCUGCGUGUGUCGAGAGGGAGUAAUGUAGCUUUUAUCGUAAAAAAAAGGAACUUGGCGAACAAAGAGCCGCAACGUAAAAACGUUCAACACGCUUACAAAUAUACAAACCGUAUCGAACUUUUUUUCUCAUUUGUCCGGGGAGAGGUUUCGCGCAAACUUUUAUAAAAUAUUCCUACCAACGUCCUCCUCAAGGUGAAAAUUUAAAUCUGGAGCACGAAUAAUCCUGAAGGUCCCUAUUUUCAGAAUUAAUCGAUUGCGCACCUAUAUUUUCGGAAUUGAUCUACUGCGCAUAGGUGUAUAUCAAUUCUAACAGUGAUGCGCAGUAGCACCCAGUGAAUAAAAUGCAUGCGCAGUGGAUCUAUUUAGUGACUUUAGAUGCGCAGUAACAUUUUAUCGUUAAUUCGAAACAGUUUUGGAUUUUGAGCUCGAAGGGGCCAAAGUAAGUGAGCGUCUCACCCGAUUCAGCUUGCCUGCCGUCCCGUUUUUUAAGCACCGCCUUUUUAAGUAGGAAAAGUCCAUUGUAAAUCCUUACGCGCGUUAUAAACUAAAAAACGAGAGAUCUCGAUAAAAACUAAUAAUUAACAAUAACGGUAACGAUGAUAACGACAUAAUGUUAAUAAAUAACUAAAUAAAUUAAUAACGAUAAUUAAACUGUAUAAAAUAAAUAUAUAACGCGAUCCCACGAAUCGAGACUCUAUUACCUAUUUAUAAAGAACUUAAUUGUAAUUAAAACGUGAAUGUUAAACCAAUGCGAUAUCACGUGAGAUGGUGAAAUAUACAUAUAUAUAGAGAGAGACAGAGAGAGAGAGAGAGACAGCUCUGAGUUUUGCGAAUGAGUGCUUGUUAUUUUUCUAAUGCCCAGUGCCCACUUUCGUGUGCGUAACAAAAAUUACUGCUUCGCGUGUCCGUUCGAUUCACGGGGAUUAGAUUUCAUUCCGAGUUGUUUUUUUUUUUUGUAACAGCUUGUAACACUGAAGUCACUUAAUAGUCAUGCUUGAGAACGUUGUAUAAAUGUUAUAGUACUGCAAUAAAAUUUAUAUAACUCUAAUGUAACUAAUAGCUUUGAAGGCUUUUUAGUUACAUGUAUGUUAUAUAACGGCAAUAUAACAGUUAUAUAACUUGAUAUGACCUGAAGAAUUUUUAAUAUUUGGUACAGUUGUGACAGGAAAGAGGGGGUGACGGAUUAAAAAGUAAGGACGUGGAAAGUUAGUCGUGGGUCGUAGGAGGAAGGCAUGGGGGAGAUGUAAUGCAUUAACGACAAAACAAAAAUGUUCAUUACUUUAAGCUAUAGAAGCUCAAGCGACAAGAAAAAAAUCAUUGUAAAUUACUCGUACAAAUUACUCACUAUCGGUGUCGAAAUCCGCUUUUUCGAAGAAUCUUAGAAUGCCUGUCGAGAUCAAUAUUCACGUACUUUUUCUACAUAGUUUUGCAUUUUCAAUUCUCUCCACGGGCGAUUCAUUCCUAUGUCGAUAUCAUUCGUAUAUCGUCGUCGAUUCGGAUAGCGGUCUUCGAAUUCAAAUCGUAUGAAAAUCUUUCUUGAAAAAUUAAUUUUUUUUUUAAUUUAUUGAUAAUUUUGUUUAAUGCAGACCGAUUUUUGCGUUUAAAAAGUGGUUGAUAUCAAAAAAUUUUGAAUUGGGAAGUAAUAAUAAGUUUUUGAAAAGGUAUGGCAUAUCCGAGAAAUUGUCUGUGAAUUGCCUCUCAAAAUUCUGUGAAUUUGAAAGAAUAUUUGAAAAUUCAGAGAACAGAUUUUCAAUUGUAUAGAGAAGAAUUUAUGAAAGUCUGAGAAUCAAAUUUAUCGGGAAUCUCAGACGAGAAGUCUCAGCAAACUGUUAUAUUUUCUCGAAUUCUACAAUUUUAUUUACGAAUUAAGAUAAAAUAACAGUAAUAUCCCCUAUGAAUUGAGGACAAUGAUUAUUGGGAGUUAUGCAUAUAAUUUAUUGAUAAAUUUUAUAAGAUUAGCACCUAAUGUCUGCAGCUUUAGUGAUGGAAAAUUUGACAAAUAAUAGCACAUUUUCUUAUUAUUAAUGAAAAUGCUUAUUACAAAUUCUAUACAAUUUAUUGCUAAUUUUAUAAGAGUAAAAUUGAAGAAUCUUCAAUAUUUUUAAAUAUUUAUAUAGUUUUUGUAUAUAACUUUACGAAUGUUACAUGUAUGUAAAUUGUAAUAUAUAAAUGCUAAUGAAUGUUUACUAUUUCUUAUAUUUUAAUAUUGCCCGAAUUUAUGUAAAAUUGUAUAAUAAAUAAUUAUUAGCCUUUAACGGAGACGUCGUAGUGAAAAAUGAAAGCUGUUUACAAUCUCUGAAUAAGCAAAAUUCACAGACUUUUGGACUUGCAAAAGCAUUUCUCUCAAAAAUUGUAUUUUUUCAAAACAGUCAAAAAGUCCAGUAUCUUUUUGCAUAAAAUGAAAAACAAAAACAGAAUUUUGGUAAGUUGAAACAUUUCAAUCUGAGCUUUUAGAAAUCUAUUUUCAGUUCAGUGAAAAUCGGUCUUCAAGUUUUGAAAAUCCGAUUUGGAUCCGACUGUAGUUUAAAGGGGAUCUAACUUCUUUAAGUGUAACGAAAAAUUUAUACCAAAAUUGAAAUUAAGUUGAAAAAAUUUGAAAAAAUUUGAAAAAAUUGAUUGGAUCUCCAGUAGCGAAGAAAAGGUUUGUUUGAGAUCGAACCUAGGAAAUUAUUGAAAAAAAUUUAAUUCGCCUCAAAAAGCUCUCAUCAAACUAAUCCGAAUCAAUCAAUUUGUUGGGUUCAUUCUGCUUUGCCCCAAGUAAAUCUUUUGCUUCGAUUUAGAAAUGUUUAGUGAUGAGAAAAAUUGUAAGGACCCUUUCCGAGUCGUCGCACCAUUAUUUUUAUUACUGGCUAAAGCUUCGAUUUGAGUUUCCAAUGCUGUAAUAUGUGCAAAUAAUUCGAUAAUAAUAAUAAAUAUCGCAUGGUUUAUAUAUAUAUUAACAUAAAUAUAAAUAUAUAUUGUACAUGUAUUUUUCGAUACUUCAUCGAGCAACGCGGAGAGGGAAGAAAAAAACAUCCUUGCAAACAAUCCUUCAGGUUACAUUCAUGUUACCUUUGUGUUACACAUAUGUUGCAUUAAAGUUACACAACUGUUACGUCAUUGUUACAUAAAUGUUACAUAACUGUUAAAAUUUAUAUAACAUACCGGUUACGUGACUGUAACAUGUUGCAUAUCGUGUAACAGAUGUAUAACACUGAAAGGUAACAUUCCUAUUACAAGCGAAUUACGUAACUGUCAUAUAACAUUGAUGUAAUAUUGGAGUAACUAAGAAAGCUGUUUGCACGGAGUUUAAAAGUAUGAAUAGUGAACGAAAAUUAAGAUUGCUGGGUCAUUGGAUAAAACAAAGCAAAAUGCGUGGUGUGAAAUCUGUAGGUCGUACUUCCCCGCGAAUGAUUGAUUCCAUUCCACGCGCUGUAGACUCGAAAAAAAUGUUGAAUUUCGAACACUCUUUCAGACCAAUGAAACAUAUACGAGCGUGUAUGAACGAAGUACUAUGUGAUUUUUCGAAGGCUUUAAAUGUGCACACUCAAGAUUCAGCAACCAAAGAAACAUUUACCUCGAAAGCUGUUACCCGAUUCCAAAAAUUCACGAGGCACCGCGCAUUUUUUAAAUCUUGGCGCCGAUUCUUUCUGAGCUUUUGAAUCCACAUACUUAUUUGCUGUUUGGAGUGAGACUGAGCAGUAGGAAUCCAUUUGAGAUUUUCGUUUUCGCAUUUUUGAAAAUUUAUUUUUAAAUUUUUCCGCCCUGCUCUGUGGCGCCACUAAGCAACAGAAAGUCAUGCGCAGGCGCUUCAUUCUCCAGAAAUUACCUGCGCAGGCGCAUGGCGUUCUUUUUCUAUCGCAGACAUUUUGACGGGGAAAUUGUGUGAAUCUUACGCGAAGCGUAUAACUUCCCCAAAUUUAUAAUCGUAUUCAACACAGCGUCCGGAUUCCACUAUUUUCUCGUCGAUGUGCGAAACAUACGAAAUUUAUAUUUGUCAGAGGUUCGCCAACCGCGGGGAAAAGACGCGUGAUUGUUUGUAAAUUUUUUAAGUAUAAUAAUUCUAACAAUACUAAUGAAUAAUAAUAAUUAAUGAUACUUAUUAAUAAUAAUAAUAAUAAUACGUAUGUGUGUAUGUACAUUGUUUUUUCACGCGAUCGAAGGCUGUAAAAUAAUAGUUGGUUCAUUGUACUUUGUACUCUUUUCCCCGCAUCACGAAAACGCGACCCCUCGAGCUCUCCCCGCGAACGUCCGCGAUUUGUAAAAUAAUUAUUUACGAGGGGUGAUUUCUUAUGAGUUAGGGGUGAAAAAGGGCUUUCUAGAAUGUCUUAAAACUUUCGAAUAGUUAAGAGAAAAUUCACACACACACUCACUUUCAAGUCACGAGAUAAUAAGCUAAUAGAAGGCCACUGUAAAGUGUGAAGCUAAUAAAGAAUUAUAAAUAAAUAAAAAAAAAAAGGUGAGCCUGUCGGCUAGUAAUGAACAAGCAACUGCCAUGAGUCAAGCUAGAUAGAUGAGCUAAGAAUCCAAUUUUAACAAGCUAGCCAUCGAAAUAUUAAUUAAAGGAUUGUUCAUUAUUCACCUGGGGCGAUUAUAUAAAUUCCAGGUCUCGUUGUCCAUUGAUUGUUUUUCACUUUUCAUAUUUUUAAUUUUUAUCGUUCAUUAAAAUUUAUAUAUUUGUUAUACAACAGUUACAUAUAUGUUACAUAACACUCGUUUAUAUUAAAUAUAUGUUACGUGUUUUGUAACAGUUACAUUCCUGUUAUAUAUGUGCCAUAUGUAAUAUAUGAUGCUAUAUAUAACAUCUGUUAUAUAUAUGUUAUAUAAUAGUUACAUUCAGUCAUAUACAUGAUAUAUAACAUUCACAUUUCUGUUAAAUGUAUGCUAUAAAACAGUCACACAUAUGUUACGUAUACAUUAUAUGACAGUAACAUGAAUGUAACAUUUACAUUCCUGCUAUAUAUUUGUUAUAAAAAGGGUACGUUCCUGUUACUUAUAUGUUAUAUAACAGUCACAUUACUGUUACAGAUGUUGUAUAACAGUUACAGAUAUGUUACAUAGCAGUUACAUAAAUGUUAAAUGUAUGUUAUGAACAAGUUACAUCCAUGUAACAUACAUGUUAUAUAACAGUUACAUUUAUGUAAUAUAUGUUAUUUAAUAAUAACAUGCAUGUUUUUAUAACAGUUAACCGAAUGGUACAUGUAUGUAAUAUAACAGAUAGAUUCCUGUAAAUUAUAUGUAAGGUUACAGUUACAUGUUAUAUAAAAAUGACAUUCCUGUGACUAAUGCUAUAUAACAGUAACAUCCCUGUUACAUAUAUUUUACAUAAAUAUUAAAUAAUAGUAAAAUUAUGUUACAUAUAUGUAAUGUAACUAAAUUUACAUUCCAGCUAAAUAUUUGUUAUAAAACAGAUACACUCAUGCUACUUAUAUGUUAUAUAAAAGUCACAUUACUGUUACAUACGACAUGCAAUAGUUACAUUCUCGUUAUUAACGUUAUGUGACAGUAAAAUAUUUUUUCCACGUACAUCUUCUAUAACAGUUACAUUUUGUCACAUACAAGAUAUAUAACAGAUAUGUCUGUAAUAGAUAUGGUACAUGAAUGUUAUAUGCAUGUUGCGUAAAAGUUAAAUUCAUGUUACAUACAAGUUAUAUAACACUCACAUGAAUGUGACAUGUAUGUAAUAUAACAGAUACUUUCCUAUAACUUCUAUUUAAUAUAAGUUACAUUACUGUUACGAGUUAUGUAACAGUUACCUUCAUGUUACUAAUGUUAUGUAACAAUUAACAUUUAUGGUACUAAUGUUAUGUAACAGUAACAUUCCUUUUAUAGAUGUCAUAUAACAGUCACAUUACUGUUGCAUUCGGAUUAAAAUGAAAAAAAGAGACAAAAAAGAGAAAAAUGAUAAAUAAACAAAGACCAAUGAGAAGAAAGCCAUUUAAGUAAUCGCCCUCAAGUCUCAGUUUGCGAUUGUAAAAAGAGGUCCUUGAACGGAAGAAGCCCAUCCGAAAAUAAAAAUGUACAGGGGCUCUUCUGAAACGUUCGUUUCUCAGCGUCGAGGAAAACAUGGAAACCAAGAAAAAAAAACCAGUGAAAAUAUGAGUUAUUUGCACAAUAUUAUAAAUAAUUACUAUGUUUACUACAAUUACUAAAUUAAAGAGCAAAUAAUAAAAAAAGAGGCGAUGAAAAUAUUGUUAAAUAAUUUAAAAAGGUUAAGUGGGGGGGGGGGUAAAUGAAAUGAGGAAAGAAAAGAUUAGGGAAAGAUAUCGGAUCUCAAAAGGACGAUUGAUUUGUUAUUCGGUUAGUUAAACGAUCCUUACAUUGAUUAUUGUAAUUAUAUAAAAUAAAUAAUUAUUAUCGUAAAUAGUUACAAUUAACAAGUUGUUACCGCUUUGUUAUACACAAUAUAAAUUAAUAUACUAAGAUUAUGGUAAAAGUAAGCGGUCGUAUCGUUGAUUGGUCCUUUACUUAGGAUAAAGAGCGAUGGUUAGUUUUAAUAUCUCUAACUAUGUUUUUCUAUUCGCUACGAUUUCGUUUUUUUAUCAUUAAAAAAACUCGGUUUGUUAGCUAAUGUGGCCUGGCCAAUAUACACAUUUUACAGAAAUAUUUUCAAUAAAUGAAAAAGCU